AUGGUGAUUUGGAAAGACGUCCUGCGCCGCCUGCUGGUCAAAAAGAGUAUUACAUAUGUGUCUUUAUUUUUCCUUGCAUACACAAUCUCGUGUGCCUCUGAAGGCAGAAAUAGCAAGGCAGCUACAGAAGCCCUUAAAGUGAUUGUUUACCGAGGAAAGGGGGCUCUAGGUUCUGCAUGUGUGCAGUACUUCAGAGCUAAAAACUGGUGGGUUGUCUCUAUAGAUCUCAAUGCCAGUGUUACAGUUAAGAUGACUGAAUCCUUCACUGAGCAGCCAGCUCUGUCUUUCUUUUUUAUUCAGGUGACAGCUGAUGUCGGUGAGCUGUUGGGUGAAGAUAAGGUUGAUGCCGUCUUGUGUGCAGCUGGAGGAUGGGCAGCAGGCAGCGCCAAGGCCUCAUCUCUGUAUAAGACUGCUGAUCUGAUGUGGAAGCAUGUGUGGACCUCCACGAUUUGCAGUCACCUAGCAACCAAACACCUGAGGGGACUAAAGCACACACUGGCAGGGGCUAAAGCAGCACUGGGAUGCAUUGGUUAUGGCCUGGCAAAGGCAGCGGUUCAUCAGCUGUGUCAGAGUCUGAGCGCGCCAAAUAGUGGUCUUCCUCCGGGAUCUGCUGCAGUUGCAAUACUUCCAGUGACUUUGGAUACACCCAUGAAUAGAAAGUUCAUGCCGGAUGGUGAUGUCAGUUCCUGGACACCGCUGGAGCUGUUCUAUAAGUGGACUACGGGAGAGAACAGACCUCCUUCAGGUACUCUGAUGCAGCUGGUUACUGCAGACGGAAAAACUACACCGGUGUUAUGAUUAAUAUAAUGUAUGAUAUUCAAAAUCCUUCAAAUCAUGCCAAUAACCCUCUACUGUCUCUGCAUUAGUGAUACUUUUUGUCCAAUUGCCUUUUUGUUUACAUGUAAACAUCAACAUACUGUAAAUUGUAGCUCUUAAAAAUAGGAUAAUUGCAUAAAAAUGUCAAAGAUAUUGUUUUGUAAGUGUGACUGCAAAAAAUAGCAAUGAAGCUGUUCUAUUCUGAUUCAUUGUUUCUUUUUUUCUCUAAAUCCUACAUCAUUUGUACAAUCUGCUU